AUGGCCGACAUCCAGCACAAGCGGGUAGCGCUGAAACUCAAGCAGGCCUGUGAGGAGACGGCAGAGCAGGCUAUCGCGGCCACCACCGCAAGCGGUCAGGCGAGUCGUAUUCACGGCAAGAAUCGCAAGUUUGGCAGCCGGAAAGAGGCAAUGGCAGCCAAGAUUGCAGCAGCUAAAGCUAAGCGUGAGGCAAAAGAGGUAGCAGACAACGACGUUAACAAGUCAGCUCCUGCCUAUGGAUCCACUUGGAACCUCUACGCUACGACAGACAUGGAGUCCGCUUUGAACGAAGGCCUGAACAGUGCAGGAAUUGUCGUCCCAGAGGACUCCAAUAGUGCUAGUGGCAGCAACUCGUCGGAUGGAACAUUCUCUGCUACCUCGUUACUAGAAACUCUCAGUACCAGCUUACAGAUUCCGAGGUUUUACUACACCGAAACGACGAUGCCUGGAUUACUGCUGAGUUUAUCGCUUCAAGCUCUCAUGGAAGGCGACAACCUCGCCGAACUGGGAGAAGAAGCGCUCAUGGAUUGCGCUCUCAAGUUUCUGCUGUUUGGCUACACUGGAGCUGAGCGCACCACGUAUCAUGUUCCCAAUGCUUGUAAGGGCAAAGUUGUGCCAUACAAGAUUGCAAUCACCCCGGAUACACCGUACACACGAGAGUAUUUCGCUGCUGUAUUAGAAACGUGGUAUCCACGCAUCGCUCUUGCGCCACCCGUGAGAGGUAUUUCGCUCUUGACAAUUUCAAGCUUCACUGACUCGCACGUGUUUUUCGACAAUGAAUCAGCGUUGGAGACGUACGUGACCAGUAAGGAAUACGGCACCGACGUUCAACACCCAAAAAUCUACGGAGCUAUUGCUUUUGAGGAGUUUCCAGACGACAUUUCUACUUUUGGUGACUUGGAAGGCUAUUCGAUUGCCUAUUCGCUACGAUUUAAUUCGACUGGAAGUGUGUCUGCAGUACCAAAGACCAAGAAGCCGAGACCCAACACCAUCUCAAAGUUUGCCCCCGCAGAUAACACUAUGAAGUAUGCAACUCGAGGUUUUAUGACGCUGCAGACACUAGUGACUCGCUUUCUCAACUGCAUGCCAAUAUGGGAUACGCAGUCCAAGACCACGAAUGGAACAUGUCAAGUUGACCAGGCUGUGACGACUUCAAGUGCAGAGAAUGACCGUCGGCUGCUACAGCAACUCGAAAAAGACAUGAUCCUUGGCACGGCCUUCAAAUUACUGAACUCAGUCAAGGAUUCGAUCACCAGUAUGGCGUCGAUGACUCUCUCGAAUGUCUCUGUGGAUACAAUUCCUCCACUGAGUGUGGAAAGACUGCUAGUACCCUUGCGAAUAGCACCCCAAUCGUACCAUGGCGCAGGGGUCUACGGAACUCCCACCCAAGCCUUUCGGUACGCUCCAUUUUUUGACAAGAUCGCUGUGGUCUUUCCCAUAGGCUUCGUGCUCUCGUAUCUGUAUCUCGUGUCACGUGUCAUCGUGUCGUUUCUAAUGGAGAAAGAAACGAGGUCUCGAGAACUUAUGCGGAUUCUAGGAGCAAAGGAGACGGAAUUGUUUGCUGGUUGGGUGCUUGCGUACCUUCCCAUCCUCCUACUUGGAGCAAUGCUGCAAACGUUUGGAGCACAUGGUCUGUUGUUUCCCAAUUCAGAUACAGCGCUGCUGUUCGUUUUCUUCUUCACCUUUGCUACUAGCAGUUUCAGCUACGGCUUCAUGAUCAGUAGUCUCUUUUCAAGGGCACGUGCGGGGUCAUUGGCGGGUAUGGGUCUGUUUUUCAUCAUGUUUUUCAUAUCCUACAGCUUCAGUGACAACACGAGCGAAGCCAGUCGAACAUGCGCAGCACUACUUCCACCGAUCUCAUUGUCACAAGGCAUUGGUGUCAUUGCGAAGUUUGAAUCCUUUGGGGUGGGAGUGAACCACGAUAACGCCAGCGAAGAUAUUAACAAUUUCCGAUUUGGAAAUGCAGUCGGGAUGCAGAUUCUAGACACGGUGCUGUACAUUCUAUUGGGUAAAUAUUUCGAGAAAGUAGUGCCACAGGAGUUUGGAGUGGCGGAGAAAUGGUAUUUCUUCUUGACGAAAGGGUACUGGUGUCGGCAAGCCUCGAAACUAGUGUCUGCUGUAGAGAUAGGAGACGUACCUGCUACGAAUCACGACACUGUGGAAGCUGUUCCUCAAGAAUUGGAGGCGCAAGAAAAUAUUGGACGCGCAGUGGUCAUCACCGGUUUACGAAAGGAGUUUUCAGUUCCUGGUGGUACGAAAAUCGCAGUGCAUGGACUCAAUUUGAAGCUGUACGAGGGCCAGAUCACCUGUUUGUUGGGGCACAAUGGAGCAGGGAAAACGACGGUAAUGUCGAUGCUUACCGGUAUGACACGACCAUCCAGUGGCAAUGCGUGGGUGCGUGGUCAUUCUGUCGUGACGGAUAUGCGUAAAAUCCGCCGCUCUCUUGGCUAUUGCCCUCAACACAGCGUACUUUACCCGGAUCUAACGGUGAAGGAGCAUCUUACGUUUUAUGGAUGUCUGAAGGGCAUAACGAAUGCAAGUGAACUCGCAGCAGAAAUCACCAAGAAGAUUAACGAAGUGGGUCUAGCGGAGAAGACUUAUGUAUGGUCACGCGCACUGUCGGGCGGAAUGCAGCGCAAACUGUCGCUCGCAAUAGCAUUUCUUGGUGAUAGUACCGUUGUUUUCCUCGACGAACCGACAGCAGGGAUGGAUCCGUACAGUCGUCGAAAGGUUCUAGCUGAAGAAAAUCGUGAAGGUCGAGUAGAUACGAAAAUGGACGGCAAACUGUCGAUCACGGUACAACCCCAUGAGGCAGCGAUGGUCGUGAAAGAUGGAACCGAGGACGAUAGAACCGAAUCGCAGCGUUCCCAGGGAGGGAUCGGCUCAUUUAUGAACCAGAUGAAGGCUUUGCUUCGCAAGCGAGUGCAAUGUGGCAAGCGCGACUUCAACAUGUUAUUUUUCAGCACCAUUCUUCCGAUUGUUGCUAUCUUUAUCGGGUUAUCAGCAUUGAAAUUCUCCGUAGUCUUACUAAACGACCCGAAGUUAGAGCUAUCCCCAACUGUGCAGUAUUCACUUGCUCAGAAUACCCCAAUCCCGUUCGGCUGUCCUGGAAAUCUUGGUCCGUGGGGUGACGGGAGUACUACGUGGUGUUCUGAGCUGGUUGAACAAAAAUACUUUUCGGAAGGAGCUACAUACGAACUUGAAAUUGACACAACUGUAUACGGCGCGAUAUCUACGCCUACAGUUUUCGGGGUCACGUAUGAUUCACCAGCCAUUAAAUCAAAUGAUUCAACCGGCUACAACCUUAAACUGGCCGAGUUAAUCUUUGCAAAGGGCUACGGAUAUGCCCCCGGGGCCAAUACGACCGCGUUACCAACACAGACGGGAAUUGAUGGGCAGUUUGGUGGCUACCUGCUGUACGCUUCCGAAUCUACCAAGACGUUGAGCUACAACGUUGUGGCAAAUGGUUCGUCAACUCAUGCCGCACCGACGUACAAGCAUAUGAUUGACAGUGCUAUCCACCGGUUUUUGCUGUCCAAGGCGUCAGGAGGAUCGGCAUCCAACGUGACAAUACGCGUAUCGUCACAUCCACUUCCUCUUUCUUUCAAGACACGCUCAAUCUUCAGCUCAUAUUUGAGCUUCCCAGCUGUGAUCUUCGUCGUGAUCGCCUUCACUUUUAUUCCUGCUUCGAUGAUGCCCUAUAUUGUCAAGGAGAAGCACUUGGAACAGAACGCCAAGUACCAACAACUACUCUCCGGAAUGUCAUUUUCAGCCUACUGGCUGUCGAAUUUCAUCUUCGACGUGGCUCUAUAUCUCGUUCCGAUGGCAGCAACGCUUGUGCUUCUUCGAUCUUACGGCGUUACUAAGUCAUUAAGUAGCGGUGACACUUGUGACUCGUGCACUCAAGACGUGCCAGCCGCCAUGGUUACACUCUUUGUGUUAUUUGGAACUGCCAUUGCUCCGUGGACAUACUUGCUGUCUCAUGUUAUGGAGAAGCCAAACAUCUGGUACUUAUUGAUCGAGUGUCCGGUCUUCCUCUUACUCACCGUGAUGAUUGAUGUCGUUCAAGCUGGAACUGUUCGCUGGCGUAUUGCUCAGGCUGUGGAUAAAAUCAACAAUGCACGCCGCAUGUACACGCGUGUACCUUGCACCAGCUCCAAGCUUCACAUCCAACAGAAAUCCACUGGAGACAAGGUGGUUGACCGAGAGGACAUUGAUUCAGAUGUGGCUGCAGAGGCUCGACGUGUACAGGAGAGCUUUAACUCGUUUGCUACCAACUCUGAGGUUGUCCAGAUCGUCGAGCUUGAGAAGGUGUAUCCGAACGGAAAGCGGGCUGUUAAGAGACUCUCGUUUGGACUGCAACAAGGAGAAUGUUACGGCUUCUUAGGUGUCAAUGGCGCCGGGAAAACGACAACGAUGAAAGUUUUGACAGGCGACUUGUUACCAACGUCGGGUACUGCGACGAUAAACGGCUUUGAUAUCUGCAAGGAACGCAGCAAAGCUCGUGACUCAAUUGGUUACUGUCCCCAGUUUGACGCGUUGAUUGAUCUACUAACUGUUCGUGAACAUCUUGAGCUUUUUGGUCGGUUUAAAGGCUUCGAUACCACCUACAGACUUAAGAAGGAAGUGGAUCGCUUACUCAACAAGCUUCAGAUUCAGAGAUUCGCUGAUAAACUUGCAGGUAGUUUGAGUGGCGGUAACAAACGCAAGUUAUCGCUAGCGAUCGCGAUGAUAGGCGAGCCAAGUGUUCUUGUGCUGGAUGAGCCGUCGACUGGGGUUGAUCCGUUCUCACGUCGAUUACUCUGGAACGUCAUCUUGGAGGCCUCGGCCGAUUUCUGUAGGUACAAAGUGACUGCACCGAAAGGUGAGGCCAGCGAUAAGCAGAUCGUCACCGUACUGUCGCGCAUGUUUGAGGUCGUGGAAGCCGCGAAAGGCCGGCUAGGUAUUAAGGAGUACAGCCUGUCCCAGACGACAUUGGAACAGAUUUUUAACUCCUUCGCUGGCCGUCACGGAGGAGCUGAACCAGAGAGGACAAGCAGCAUGGCGAGCGUCGCGUCGGCAUCCGAGCCCGACGCCGAGACCACUGAAGCUAAAUACCCGGAGGUCCACGUCCCCACAUCUGCCGCCGUUGUCGCCCGAGCCCCACGUAUGGAUGAGGAGACGUUCGGGAGUUGGGGUGCGUUUUUCGAGUAUUUUGACGCAUAUCAGCACAAAACCCACCAGAUAUUCAAGAAGAGGACCUCUACAAGCGCCACGGCGAGGAACGCGGAUCUCCGAGACCGUGGUAAGGACACCCCGCAGACCAUUAUACCAGACGCUUUCGACAAGUACUACCGAAAGUUGGUGUGCACGCGUAGUUGGUCAAGGCCCAGUCGUUCGAAGGGCAAGAGGCAUAACUACUUCGUGAAGUCUACCGGAUGUCAAGCGCAGAUGACGGGCGUCGUAAUUUGGGAUGCUGCUCAGGGUUUUCAAGUGAAGGUUACGCACCAGGAGACAGCGCACAACCACUCACUAAGCUCAGGAUCUUAUGGAAAUCACCCCUCAAAUCGACGCGUUGCAGACGAAGACGUGACUGACUUCGUGGACGAGCUUCAAGUUGCCGGGGCGAAGAAAAAGUUGAUUCUGCAGUUUCUGAGGAAGAAAACUGGCAAGCAUGUUACCCUGCGUGAUGUGCACAAUAUUGUGGCGAAGCUGAAAGAGGCGCGGCGUGGAGCUACAACCGUCGAGGCAAGACUGGAGUCUGGUUUGCGCGGUUUCUGCUCUCGAAAGGGUAAUACGGCGACCAUUUAUGUGGAUGACGAGAAGCUAGCGCAGACGAUCCCUUUUCAAACCCACCGGAUGCGAAGAUUCUUUGAGGCGUUCCCACAGGUGUUGAUGGUGGACGCCGCUCACAACACCAACGAUGCUCGAUACAAGCUCUUCAGUUUCAUAAUUCACGAUGUCUUCGGCCAUGAGGCUUUUCCUGCAGCAAGAAUUCUGCUCUGUGUCUUUCAUGUGGUGAAGUAUCUUCGGGGAGAAAUGGCAAAGAGGGAGUAUAAUAUUGAAGAUCGGGAUAAGGUUGAGGACGCCGUUCACAUGAUGGUGGACGCCAAGACGGAGCUUGAGUUGGAGGCGGCAUGGGGCCACUUGAAGGACGUGCUGAAGUCUACGAUGGCGCUCGAUGAGUGCGUGGAUACUCUGCAGUUCUUGCAGACUAUUGCGGAGAUGGAGUAUGCAAAGAAAAUGACAGACGUUGGACACAUGCGUUACGCUGGAGCUGAUGCUGAGUUGACGAAGCUAUCAAAAGAGAAGAUGAGGAGGCAGAAGACGGAGAAGCAACGAGUGGAUCAUUUCGGUCACACGGGUCACACGAUAGAGGUGACGGAUAGCAACAGUCACUCUGGAGGGGCCAGUCACUCCGACGAAGUGACGAGUGAUGCGCAAGGUUUCCCCGAUCAAUCUGAGAUGCGGGACGAGCGGCGUAUUGUAAGGCUAUCACAUUCGAGCUAUGACGAGACAAAACAAGUAGCACCUCCAGCAAAGAGAGCGCUUUCAGAUGGCGGACAUCCUAGUUCCAGUUCAAGUGAGGAAUGCUCAUUCUUCGUCUCGAAAGGCACCAAAAGCCGCGGUCGGCCCAAGAUACGAAAGAACCAGAAACAACAAGUGAAGAAGCAACGAUUGGUGAACUCUCUGAAGGAAGCCAAACAGCUCGUGCAAGGGACGUUGACGCCGGUUAUCACGCUAAGCAAUGUGGCCACAGUGUUGAAGUCGACAUACAGUUACGAAUCCGCGUACGAGUUCCUCUCCAAAUUAUCGGUAAAGACGCUGGGCCCCAGGAAACAAGUAAUAGCGAAGAUGGUAGCCCCCAGUGAGGCCCUGAGCAGCGUCAAGUUCGUGUUCACCGAGCAAUUCACGCAUAAAUGCAGAAAAGUUUUGGAAACGUACAGAGAGGCACUACCAGAUCCGAAGUCACCCGUAGGUGUUCGUCUCGCUAAGAUCGGGGUCAUCAGUGAGGACCAAGUGCAAGUAAUGGUGGAGUACCAGCACACGAUGAAGUCUUUGGAGGCAGUGUCUGAUACAAUUGAGUGGAUGGAAGCUACGUCGCUAAACAGACUGGAUAUUCCAGAAGGUCUCAAUGAGUAUGUUGAGCUAGAUAAGACCAAGGCUACCACAGCGAUGCAGCAGAUUGUCUUACCAAUCUCACGCUUGACACCGUUCGGAAUGGUCUCGAAUGAAUUCGUUCUGCUGCUAAGAGAAGACCUAUGGCUGAACGACGACUGCAUGAUGCACGUAAUGACGACGAUCCAAGAAGAGCAUGCACACGUUGGUAUUAUUUCGCCAGGCGUUACCGGUACGGAUGACCCUGAAACGCAGGAGAAGGUCAUCAGCAGCUCCGAUCCAUUCCAAGAGCACAACACGCAUGUGUUGCUGCCAAUUCAUAUCAACAGAAACCACUGGUGCGGUGCAGUCUUUGACUUCAAGUCCACACCAAACCGGAUCACAGUAUUUGACCCCCAACAGAAGCCAAAGCAACUUGAAACGUGUGAAGACAUUGUCAAGAAAAUCUUUCCAGAGAUAGUAGCCAAAAUGGAUUGGAAACAAGAAGUGUGGCUGAAACAGACAGAUGGACACAAUUGCGGACCUCUUGUUCUCCCGUUUUUUGAGAGCAUUGUGCGUGACGUCGUUCUCCCGAAGUCGCCAUUGAAGGCACUCCCUCGAGAGCGAAGUGACCUAAAUAAGGCUGCUGCCGGUAAGGCGCAAGCCAAGAGCAAUAAGCCUCGCGGCAAAGGCUCGGCACUCAAGGAGGCUACUCAGGUGGCCUCCGAGGCGAUCGGUUCUUCGGGUGACGCGGCUGUGGACAAGCGAGCAAGCAAGCGCUGCAGUCCGUCGCCCUCAUCUUCAGACAAUCGUCCGAACCCUCGGUUCGUGGAACGUGAGUUCAACUCGGGCAGUGAGGACGAUGCUGAGUCCGAGAGCACUUACGAUGCUCCUGCGGGCUCUGUGGGAGGGCACAGCCCAAUGCCCGGUGAGCACAAAGAUGACAGCGUGCAGUCGCUCGCUAGUGAUCAAGGUGAUCACAGUCCCAGGACCUCUGUGCGCUCUGAGAGUCCGGCCGUCAAGGCUAAGGGUGCUCCCAAAGCCGGUGGCGAUGAGGAAGGGAAUCCUCGCAAACGUCUCUCGCUUGCCGAGGGUCUUGCGCGUGCUAAGGCCUCUAAAGCCGAAGGCGCCAAGCCCUCAAAGAAGCGUACUGCCUCUAAGUCUCCACUCCGCGAGGAGAAGGAGACUCGUCGCUCCUAUCGGAGUAUCUUCGACUCCUCGGAUGAAGAGGAGGAGAAGGAGGAAGAAGAGGAAGAGGAGGGUGCUAUCGUUGAGCCCCGGGAGGUCUCGAAUGACCUCGACCAGCAGCAGGAGGAGUUCCAAGCUGCCCAGCGUGUGCGUGGGGGUUCGGUGGCGGCACCCGUCAGCCAGGGAGCUGCCAUCAACUCAAGAGGGUAUUGGCCUCCCGAGGAGAGCUCUGGGGCUGACCUCUUUUUGGAGGUUCUCGUCGCUCCUCAUGGCCUUGUGGGCGGCCACACUUCUAGGGGCAUCUAUGAACACGCCCUUGUUCAGAAAGAACAGUUGUUCGUCGACAACUUGGAGGCUGCUCGGUAUGUGCUUCUCGCGCCACACCGCAUUCCCCUUAAGGACUUCACGACUUGUCGUAAGAAGCCCGAGAACCGGGGUGGUCUCUAUCCUCUUUGGGGAUACCCCUGGGUUAUGCCCGAGAACUGUCCCACCUGGAGUUCUUGUGAGGACAUGUUCUGGGCUUGGGUGGAGUCUCUCAAGUACUCACCCACGGAGUUACGGGAACUCCAUGAAGAUCAGCAGCUGUCCCACAUCCUGGACCAGCGUGAUCUUCGUGUGAGGUUUGCCCACUUGGUCAGCAAGCGUAUGCUGCCAAGGGACAUCACUGAGAGCGCGCGGCUUCUAGCGCUCACGAUGAGCGCGGGUACGUCUUCGGGCAGUCAAUCAGGAGCCGUUCAAUCGGCUCCCACGAGUUCUCGGAGUGGGCAUAACCCCUCCACUUCACGAGGAGCUGUCGCUUACCGCGACGUCGCUGCUCCUGGAGGAUCCGCUCCACGUGGAAGUGGACCUCUCCAUUCCGGUCAAGCAGGAGCGGAGGUGCCCUCGUACGAGUACGAGUACUCGGCGCCUCCCGAAAGCCACUCUCGUCCGAGUGCUCCGACUGCGGGUCCGACGCAGGGACCUGAGGUUGACCACCUCCGUCACUGUGUCCUCGUGCUUGAGAUUGCACUUGACCUUGGGACUGGCGGUGAUGCUGCCGCCCAGGCCGGGAAUCAGGGCGAGCUCGCUCGUCUUGCGGGCCGCCUGGACCUACUGGAGCGAGAGGUCGCGAGCCUGCACCUGCGGGUGGAUUGCCGGUCCUCUUCGACCGAUCUGGACGAGGCCUUUCGCAUGAUCCGACGGAUCGAGGCUUUGUUGCCACGUCCGGAGCCGCCUGCGGCACACUCCCAGACGUACGCGUAUGGUGCGUACCCGGCGUACUCAGCGUACUCGGCGUAUGGCGCCGGGGUCCGUUCGUAUGGAGCCCCUCCGGCGUACGGUCUUGACCGCAGCCUUGCCGUCCCGACCGAGGCUCGGGUGCCUGCUCCGACGCCCUCGUCGACGUCUGUGACCGGCCCUCGCUUCGAGGAGCUGGGUCAAGGGGGGUCUGCGAGUCAGCAACCCCCUGCGGGUCAACGUACCGCUAAAGACGUCCGACAUAGAUUGUCGGGUGCGUCGUCAUUGACUUUGGAAGGUCGAUGGUGUACGACGCACCAUGUCUGGCCAGGACUGCAAAAGGUCCGAUGA